AUGGAGCAAUUUGAACAGCUUUUAACGUGUUGCGUGUGUCUGGACAGAUACCGCAAUCCGAAGCUGCUACCAUGUCAGCACUCGUUCUGCAUGGAACCGUGCAUGGACGGUCUCAUCGAUUACGUCAAGCGACAGGUAAAAUGCCCGGAAUGUCGUGCGGAGCAUCGCAUCCCCUACCAGGGGGUGCAGGGGUUUCCGACCAACGUAACGCUGCAACGGUUUCUGGAGCUUCACAUCGAGAUCACCGGCGAACUGCCCGAUCCAACAUCUGGUCAGGUGAUGGAACGUUGCAACGUUUGCUCGGAGAAGGCGUACUGCACCCAGUGCGUUCACUGCGACAAGAAGAUCUGUCCGGACUGUAAGAGCGCCCACAUGGACAUACUUCGGCGUGAAAUCAAUCGUAUCAACAAUCAAAUCCGACGUGGUCUUCAUCGCCUGAAGGAGGUUCUCGCUGUGGUAGAAAAGAACGCACAGAACUUGCAGAAUAAUUGCGGCAGUGUGUCGGAGGAAAUCGACGAAAUCUAUCGCCGAUUGCAGAAGGCACUCAAGGACCGCACCGAUCAUCUACGCGGCGAAAUGGAUAAAUACCUAUCGACGGAGCUAAAGAACGUACUGACGAUGAAGGAAAAUCUGGAACUGGAAAUUGGAAAUAUUCAAAGCAACUCUGACUUAGCCGAGAAGUACAUGAACGAGGGUUCGGUUGAGUGGGAUGACUGCGAGUUAAUGGACACGAAGGAGAUCUUUUUGCGAACGGUUGAUUUCAUAAGGAACUUCGAUUGUGAAACGAUGGAUUACAGCCGGAAGGUGCGUUUCAUCAUGAACAUCGAUCCGAACAAGCUGAUCAUGGAGGUGUCGUCUUACGGUGACUUAAAACUGCCAUCGGAUAUGGUUGGAACCAGCCAAAGCCAGAGCAUGCUGCUGCAGCCACCCCCUGGGCCGGGAUUGAUGCGUUCAAAGAGUGAUCACCGAUUGGCCGCUCAAUUCCGACAACAGGAGGCGCAAGGUUGGAAUGCUGACGAUGAACCAUUGCUUGGUGGACGUCGUUUCGGAGAACGGCCGGUAAAAGCCGCACCGGAGAAAGAGAAGUACGGAAAUGAAUCUCGGUAUGGUCGUGGAAACGAUUAUGACUAUGACGAUGAACCCGCCAGCAGGUCAACCAAGGGCCGUUUCCGGUCAAGGUUUGCACGCAGCCAUCAGUUGGACAAUGAUUCGGAUAAUGAAUCAAAGCAGGUACGUUUCAACGAGAAGGAAGAGAAGACCAACAAGGUGGCCAGCACGGAGGAUGUCGCCAAAGGACCGCUCAGUGGAAUCUUCCGUCUAAUGGAUUCGCCUCGUGUGAUGAAGCGGCUUCAGGAUACGGAAAAAGGUAAAGUGAAGAAGGCAACUCCGGUGACGACUCCAACCGUGCCUAAACCAUCGCCAUUAACUGUUGCCAAGCCGAAAGUAACCACGGCCAGACAGCUAUCCGAGGACGACGAGAUUGCAAAAAUCAAACGGCAAAACAAGGGGGCUUCGACCAGUGCAACAACGACGACCACAACCCCUUCUUCGCCGGUAGCGACGGAACCCGAGCGUCCUGCUGCAGAACGCGUGUCCGCCCUGAAGGCUCGUGUAAACUCGGCGCAAGCCGCAGCGAACAGCGACGACAGUGACAGCACACCAAGCUCACCGGUUCGUCGGUCAUCCCCGCAUGUCGAGCCCGAUAGCGAUCAGGAUGAAGUGGAACGCUCGAGCCGCUCGCGUCAAUCCUCCGCCGCCAAAGCGGGAACGCCUGCGCCACAAGCGAAGAAACCCACUCGCUCGGCCAGCAGUGAUUCGAACUCAUCGAGCGAAUCCUCCAGUGCGUCGCCAGUGCCGAGCUCGCCGGUCCGCACCGAAGAACCCAGACCAAAAGCUUCGAUUCUCAAAAAUGCUGAACCCGCCCGUAACACUGCUUCCCCAGUCGCCAACGCUUCGACGGAACGGAAACCCUUCCAGAGCCGAUUCCUGUCACAAACUCCAACAACACCAACGACGACGACGCCCACAAGCCAGCAAAAAUCCGACAAGAAAGAUGAGUCCGAAAGCAGCAGCGAGGAAGAAACCUCCUCAGAGGAGGAAUCAGAGGAAGAGGAAGAAGAAGAGGAGGAGAAGCCAGCACCUGUGAGGGCAACUCCAACCGUUACUUCUCCACCUAUUCGUCUGGAAUCGCAAAACUCGCCGCUGUUUAGCAGAAUUCAGGCUCGCGAAGCGGCCGCCAUGGAUUCGAAGCGAAACUCCCGCGAGGAAACCCGUGCCAGCGGAUACUCCAGCCCAACUAGCUAUCGCAGCAACUACGAACGGGACGAAAGUCCAAAAUACGGAACAGCUUCGGCGCUUCGUUCACGAACCACUGCCCACGUCGAACCGGAAGAGAACAAAUACGGCAGUUCCGGAUAUACGAGCCGGUUUCUGAACAAAAGCAAGAGUACGGCUGUCGUAGCUCCGGAAGACGAUGCCACCGGUGACGAUUCCGACAGUCGGCUCGGUAGCAAUCGUAGCCGCUUCACUGCCCUGCAGGAUCGCCGUAAUCGGCUGGCCCGCAGCCGUUCGUCGCAUAACUUCGGUAAUGAGGACGAAGACGACGAACCGGUGUCACCGACUACGUCCUCUCCGUCGGCAUAUCUAGCCUCUAGAUAUGGUGCAUCGUCAUCACUCGCCUCCCAACCAGCCGACCUGUCACGUAGCCGCUCAACGCACGCCCUGAAAUCGCGGGAACCUUCGCCGGAUCGUAGUACCGGAACCGACAAGGACGGAGCGGCGCUCAGUUCCUGGGCCCGCUACCUGAAAAAUAAGUACGGCAACCGCAGUGGCAAAGACAGUAAGGAUACACCAUCGUCAUCCCUCUCCACCACUUCAUCAUCGCUAGCAACGCCCUCGACGUCGGCUUCGUCGUCCUCGUCGGCCGCCGCUCGACGACUGAGUCUUGGCCUUCCCCUGCGCCAAACAGACAUCCUCAGCUCCGAUGAUGAUUCAAAAAACGGGGUAGGCUCCCCUACCUCUCCUACGGCGGCAGUAGUCGGUAUACCAGGGGCAGCAGGUAUGUCCCCUAGGACACAGUACCUGCAGAAGCGCCGACAACUGUUCCAGAUAGGAGGUCGGGGGAGCGAACCAGGUUCCUUCACGUGGCCGCGCGGCAUCGCCGUCGGCCCGGACAAUAGUAUCGUGGUAGCGGACUCGUCCAACCACCGCGUCCAGGUGUUCGACUCGAACGGUAUCUUCGUCAAGGAGUUCGGCCAGUAUGGCAACGGAGACGGAGAGUUCGACUGCCUGGCGGGAGUAGCCGUUAACCGCAUCGGCCAGUACAUCAUUGCCGAUAGAUACAACCAUCGUAUUCAAGUGCUGGAUCCGGCCGGACGAUUCCUUCGUUCGUUCGGUACCCAGGGCACAGCAGACGGUAAAUUUAACUAUCCGUGGGGUAUCACCACCGAUGUGCUAGGUUUCAUCUAUGUGUGUGAUAAGGAGAAUCAUCGUAUUCAGGUAUUCCAAUCAGACGGCACAUUCAUCGGCAAGUUCGGUUCUUGCGGAAAGGAUGAAGGUCAACUGGAGCAUCCGCACUACAUUGCCGUUUCCAACACGAACCGUGUUAUCGUAUCCGAUUCCAACAAUCAUCGUAUUCAGAUUUUCGACGUAAACGGCCGCGUGGUAACCACCUUUGGUGGGGAAGGCUCCGACGAGGGUCAAUUCAAAUUCCCAAGAGGCGUCGCCGUCGACGAUCAGGGCUACAUCUGCGUCGCCGAUUCGGGCAAUAACCGGAUUCAAAUUUUCCAUCCGGACGGCAGCUUCCUGCGCGCCUUCGGUUCCUGGGGUUCCGGCGAUGCCGAGUUCAAGGGCUUGGAAGGAGUGGCCAUCAUGUCGAACGGCAACAUUCUGGUGUGCGACCGGGAAAAUCAUCGGGUGCAGGUGUUCUAG